AUGCGGGUGCCCGUCUCUGCACAGAGCGAGGGCGGAAACAUCGCCCUCCUCUCUCUUUGCUCGCAUCUGGACAAGGGGGACGUGACCGCACUCAGCCUGCCCUCCACCACCGGGCACGGCGACGCUGACGGCACCGUCUGCCUGGACGUCCCCGAUGGCACCCCUGACCCUCACAGGACGAAAGCUGCCAUCGAGCACCUGCAACAGAAGAUCCUCAAGAUCACCGAGCAGAUCAAGAUCGAGCAGGAGGCUCGGGAUGACAACGUGGCCGAGUACCUGAAGCUGGCCAACAACGCGGACAAGCAGCAAGCUUCUCGCAUCAAGCAGGUUUUUGAGAAGAAGAACCAGAAGUCGGCGCAGACCAUCGCGCAGCUGCACAAGAAGCUGGAGCACUACCACAAGAAGCUGAAGGAGAUCGAGCAGAACGGCCCUUCCCGGCAGCCCAAGGAUGUCUUCCGGGACAUGCACCAGGGUCUCAAGGACGUGGGUGCCAACGUUCGCUCCAGCAUCAGUGGCUUUGGCGGCGGCGUGGUGGAGGGCACGUUUGGCAGCGCGAGCAACAUCGCCCACCUGAAGGACACGCUGGACGACGGGCCCCCGGAGGAGGCUUCACGGGCUCUCAGCGGCAGUGCCACCCUGGUCUCCAGCCCCAAGUACGGCAGCGAUGACGAGUGUUCCAGUGCCACCUCCGGUUCAGCUGGUGGCAGCAACUCAGGGGCAGGACCCGGCGGCUUGGGGAGCCCCAAGUCCAACACGCUGGACAGCCACCACAAUAACUUUGACACCAUCCUGGAGGAGCUCCGGGAGAUCAAGGACAGCCAGUCGCACCUGGAGGACUCCAUGGAGGACCUCAAGGCCCAGCUGCAGCGGGAUUACACCUACAUGACACAGUGCUUGCAAGAGGAGCGGUACAGGUACGAGCGCCUGGAGGAGCAGCUGAACGACCUCACCGAGCUGCACCAGAACGAAAUGACCAACCUGAAGCAGGAGCUGGCCAGCAUGGAGGAGAAGGUGGCCUACCAGUCCUACGAGAGGGCACGGGACAUCCAGGAAGCGGUGGAGUCCUGCCUGACACGGGUGACCAAGCUGGAGCUGCAGCAACAGCAGCAGCAGGUGGUGCAGCUGGAAGGGGUGGAGAACGCCAACGCCCGGGCGCUGCUGGGCAAGUUCAUCAACGUCAUCCUGGCCCUGAUGGCCGUGCUGCUCGUCUUUGUCUCCACCAUUGCCAACUUCAUCACCCCGUUGAUGAAGACCCGCAUGCGCAUCCUCAGCACCGCCCUGCUCGUCCUCUUCCUCUUCUUCCUCUGGAAGCACUGGGACUCCAUCACCUACUUUCUGGAGCAUGUCCUGCUCCCCAGCUGAUCCGCAGCCCGGCUGCUGCGGCCCUGGGGGCUUUCCAUUUCCCGCAGAGGAGAGGGCCGGGGGGACGGUGAUCCAAAGCCUUCAGGUUGUUUCUUCACACGCUUGGUUCAGUUGCUUUCCCGGCCCUCCAUCCUCGCUGCAGCCGGCAGGGAUUGCUCGGAGC